ACACCGGAAGUAAGCGAACUGCGCCUCUGCCAAGAUGUCUGCGCCCGACGACGACACGUUUGCCGAAGAAAGAGACCAAAUGGAGGAGAUGGACGAAGCUGGCAGUGAGGAGGACGAAGGCGUGGACAUGGAGGACGAAGGAGCGGACGCGGAGGCGCAGAAGAAGGUGUACGUGCCCGGCAUCGAGCCGCUUAAGCCCGGAGAAGAGUUGGAGAUGGACCGCUCUGCGUACCGCAUGUACCACGAGUGUCAGACAGGUGCACCGUGUCUCAGCUUCGCCAUUCUGAAGGAUGGCGAUGGAGAAGGCAGGGAGCAGUUCCCUCUGUCCAUGCUGCUCUGUGCCGGCACACAGGCCGACACAGCUCUGAGCAACAGACUUCUUGUCAUGCGCAUGCACAACCUUCAUGGAACAGAAAAAGAAAAGGAGGGGGAAGAAAGCAGUGAUGAAGAAAGUGAUGAGGAGGAGGAGGAGGAGGAUGAAGACAAGAAGCCACAGAUGGAACUGGCCAUGAUGCCUCACUACGGAGGGAUUAACAGAGUCCGAGUGACCCAGCGAGGGGAACAGUCAUUGGCCGCCGUCUGGUCAGACAAGGGACAGGUAGAAAUAAUUGACCUCCGCGCUCAGUUGGAGGCCGUCCACAGUUCCACUGUCAUGGCAGCUUUCAUGAAACAGCAGAAAGAAGCCACGGCUCUCUUCAGUUUCUCAGGACACAUGAGUGAAGGCUUUGCCAUUGACUGGUCACCUACAGUUCCUGGUCGUCUUGUCAGCGGAGACUGCAAAAAGAACAUCCAUGUGUGGGAGCCACAGGAGGGAGGGGUGUCGUGGCAGAUUGACCAGCGUCCUUUCAGCUCCCACAGCAAGUCUGUGGAGGAUCUGCAGUGGUCCCCCAAUGAAGCUACAGUUUUUGCAUCGUGCUCAGUGGAUAAGUCCAUUCGUGUGUGGGACAUUCGUUCACCGCCCAAUUCAAUGAUCUCUGCUGAAGAAGCCCACUCAUCAGACAUCAAUGUGAUCAGCUGGAACAGGACCGAACCAUUCCUGCUGUCGGGGGGUGACGACGGCCUUCUGAAAGUGUGGGACCUGCGGCAGUUUAAGACCGGGCGGCCCGUGGCCAACUUCAAACAGCACAGCGCUCCCAUCACUUCAGUCGAGUGGAACCCCAUAGACUCGAGCGUGUUCGCCGCGUCGGGAGCGGACGAUGUGGUCAGCCAGUGGGACCUGUCCGUGGAGUCGUGCGACGCGGGCGCCAGGGUGGCGGAGAUGAAAGACCUGCCGCCUCAGCUGCUCUUCCUGCACCAGGGUCAGUCGGAGGUGAAGGAGAUUCACUGGCACCCACAGUUACCUGGUGUGAUGAUCUCCACUGCUCUGUCAGGAUUCAACCUGUUCAGGACAAUAUCUGUGUAGUGUGUCCACGUCUGUUUACUGUGUGUGUGUUUUGAAAGAACUAUUUUUAACGAGCAGUAAAAGCAGAUCUUUAAGGAGCUUGUAAUAAUGUACAUAACUUAGCUAUGUAGGUUUUGUUUUUUUCUUUUGUUUAUGCCUCCUGGUAUUAUAAUCUUCAUCCUUCUGUCUGUACAUUGUACAGAUAGAUUUACUAUUUUAGGCAUUGUGUGCUUAAAAUAAAAUGUUUGAAACAAC